CCGACGCUUGCCAUGACCGCCGUCCCGUCGUGCUCCCUUGUAUCGAUGGAAGAUCACACUCAACUCGCUGACUGCGUAUCUCUCCCUCGCCAUGGGAACCACUCAGGAAACUCAUGGACUUCCAUAGUUCGAGGGUGCAUAGCUCUUAUUGUCUUCUACACCGAAUACCGCUGACGGAGGAUGGCCUAUUGUUCUUCGCCGUGGCUUUUCCCGACGUUCCCAUGAGAGAUCUAUUGUAUCCUCCCGGCUUAGAGAGCUUAUAAGCGACAGUUGGCGCUCCAAUCUGAUGCAGUCAGCACCACACGGCGGUGGACGUCGACGCUGCCCCAUAAUUCUUUCGCUUCCUGACAAUACAGACCAUGAGCCGUCACUACUCUGAGCCUUCUUCGCAGGGGUGGCCGACUCGCGGGUACGCUGCUCAGCAUAACACCUUAGGACUCGUGUUCUCGCCGGUGGAUCACAUCGCGCGUUCACCGCGGAGCGCGGCGUUUCCUCCAGUUCAUGAGCAGCGAUCAGCACAGCGCUUGUCGGACACGGCGGCGGGUCUCGAAAUUUCUUCAGAUAGCUCUUCAGACUCGGACAUGAGCGAAGAAGAACCCGAUCCUCAGGAGUUGCGAAAGGCGCUUUACCACCACUCCCCAUGCUCUCCACCUCCCGAACACUGGCGCGCCCUCAUACCUGUCGAGCCGGAACACGACUCGGAUAGCACCUACUACGUUCCACUCAUCAACAAGCUACCCGUCGAGCUUUUGUCUUGCAUCUUCACGCUAUCCAUGGAAUACGAGAUGCACAACCUCGGUGACGCUGUCCUGCACCCCGACUUCACGCCUCUCAUCUUAGCUCGCGUCUGCAGUCACUGGCGCGAGAUAGCUAUCGAUCUGCCACCGCUGUGGCAGCAGUUUAUGCUGCGCCCAUGCGAGGGAAGAGGGCAUCGCUAUCGUAUGGCGCAUGUCUUCAUCGAGCGCAGCAAAGGGAGGGGACUGCAUGUCCGUUAUAGCGAAGAUGCGCGCUUGGGAGAGAGACAUAGGCCCAUCCAGCGCUGCCCGUGUGAUCUGGACGUCAUCCUCAAUAACCUCGACUCGAUUAGGACUCUCGAGCUUCGCGAAGUCGGGUCGGAGACUGCCGCGCGCUUAUCCAGUGCUGCUAAGAACACCAGCACCUCAAUCCAGCACUUCUCCUUGCGCAUGCGAGAGUCCCUUUUGCGCCCGGAUACGGCUCACUUAAUCGCAAGCUUGUAUAGUACCUCUGCCCUGCGGCACCUCGAUUGGGCGUCUCAGACCUGGCCUUGCAACGUCCCUUGGUCACAGAUGAUCGCCAUCGACCUCGAAAAAUGCCUCGUCGCUCCGAACUUCCUUUUGGAUAUCCUUCUGACCGCACCACAUCUACGAAAGCUAUCAGUACGGAUGGACAGACUUCCAUCUAUAAACCAUCGAGACAUUAUGCACCAUUCAUUACAGCAUCUGUACCUCGAAGGCGUCGGUGCGCAGGACAGAAUUCUCCAAAUCCUGCACCUCCCGCACCUCACUGAGCUCAUGCUCCACCCCCUCCGUUCUUUGCCGGUCGGUACAGACUACUCUGAUUGGCCUGUCACCGAGCCAUCCGUUCUGUAUAGCUUCGUCGACCGCCUGGUCGAAGGACUGGAGCAUUUCCACCUAACUGACACCGGCAUUUUCGAGGAGUCCGCUCUCAUCCAUUUAUGUUCCCUUCCUCGACUAUCAAAUUUGCGGCAGCUGCACCUUCUGUCAAGCAGAGUCGUUGCCCACGACAAGCUCUUCCGGGCGAUGCUACCGAAUCAGCGCACGGGGUCACCUGCCUUACUUCCUCGACUAGAAGUUCUCAGCCUAGCUGAGUGUACGGCUACUGACGGUGUCAUAUCCGCUAUGCUGCGCGCUCGCCAGUGUCUGCAUUAUCCGCUGCACGACGUGUGGCUCGAGUAUCCGCGCAGCAACCAGACGCCCCAUCCCAUCGACAUUGCUGCCUUCCGUGAGUUCAAGAAGCAUGGGAUGAAGAUCGCGUGGCGUCCAUCGUAAUUCAAGAAUGUACAUACCAGCUAGCUCGACUGUAUCAGGAGUGCAUUUACGUGGUUCUAAGUACAGUAUGAUGCAGUUAGGCAGGACAUAUUUUCAGAAGAGAUUAUCAGUCACUCUGAUGUCCCACUCCUUUCCAC